AUGGAUCAAGACGAUUAUCCUACAUUUCAAAAUAGAUCAGAAAAUAUUUCUGAUGAUAUAUUAAAUUGCAAUUCUAUCCCUAUCAUACCUUUUGAAUCAUCAUUUUUACAUCAACUUGAACGCUUUACAACUACUAAUCUUGAAUAUUCGAAUUCGUCGGUAUAUGCUUCUGACCCUAUUUCUGUAAUGCCUCCUGAGUUGUCAUCAUCACAUAAUCUUGAAUGCUUUACUUUGUCUUCUA